AUGCAGAACGUCCGUAAGCCUUAUGAUGACGAGUGGCACAACGUGUGGAAGGCCAUUUUCGGACCUAUUUUGAAUCUUAAAUCGAUAAGAUACGCCAUCGUGAUUCAGGUUUCCACCCUAGGUCUCCGAGACGACAGCAAGGCACAGCACAUGCUAAACACUGCGGCUCAGUUGGUUAUACCUAUUAUGAAAAAACGUCGAUGGAGAGUUGCCCACAUGAUGGAAUUCGUUCCUAAGAAUAACAGACUUCUCGGCCUCAACGUUAACCGAGGCUUAGCAGUGAAGAUACGCCUUCGUCGCAACAGGGAUCCAGGACACUUUCUGUCGUAUAUGGAUAUCCUUGGUACUAUUCUACAUGAGCUCGUCCACAACUCGUACGGUCCUCAUAACGCCACUUUUUAUAAAUGUCUUGACGAUAUCAAAGCGGAAUGUGAGCUACUCAUUUUGGGUCAUCCCUUGUCGUUGGAGCUCUUCCGUGGGAGGACCCAGGGAUAUGAAUCGGAUGCUACUUCAUCUAACACUGACAAGCUGGUCGAGUUCAGCGCGGGAGUUGGCCGGAAGCGAACGACUAAGGGAAAAACGGCUCGAGUGAAGCGAGGCCGGGGGAGAAGGUUGGGCGGCGAUAGGCAGGCCUAUGCUGAGCUCUCACAAAGGGAGCUUGCGAGGUUCGGAGAGUAA